AUGGUUUCGCACUUAUUUACGGCGAUCACGAGAUCUGAUCUUUCAGCAUUGAGCCUCAUAACUCAAGACAGAAUUUAUAACACACGUCGCGCGUGGGGUAGAGGAAAAUCAUCCAAACAACUAAGAAAAUCACGACACUCGAAAAAGAAUGUGAGAUCGCUUUCUUCAACUAUAACUGAGUACAGACGAGCACACUAA